UAACGGAUCAAACGGUUGGCACGUAACAAAAGUAAAAAAAAAAUUAUAUAAACGACAUAUAAUUAUCUUAAACAGCGGCACUGAUGCCCAGUUGAGUUGCCACAGACAUCUCGAAUCAAUAUUUACUUUGGUGUAGAACAUAAACGCCGGUGUAUCGAUUUUUGACUCCGAAAGUUUCAGAGUUCCUAGUCGAGGACCGUUGGUCGCGUCGCCGACAUCCAUAACCACAGAGAACUGCACAUGAUUCAUGGUGAAAUUCCGUGAAAAAUAACCAAACGGAAACGUACACCAAAUUCGAUUUACAACAAUGCGUUGGAAAAUUCGACUAACAGAAGACCGUUCGAUUCGCUGCCAUGUGGAAACGACUCCGUCGUUUUGUUUGAAUAAUUUUUUCUAUAAUUUGAUUAUGGUCCACUAUCAAUGCUUUGUUAUCUAUGUUUACGUUCUGUUAUCGUUACUGUUUCGUCGCGUUAUCAUAGUACAGUGCACAUGCAGUGAACAGUUGCCGAACGUUACGUUAAAACAAUUUAACCAUAUUUUGAAAACUCGUCAGAAAAUUGAGAACCAAAUAUUGUUUCCACUCAUUGACUACCGCGUCGCAAGGUUCGCAGCAUACUAAACGAUAUCAUUUAGAAGUCAUCCGAGAUGGUCUACUUACACUUUCCGACGAAUCUGACCGAAGAAGAACUCAUGCUACAAAACAAGUAUCAGAAAUUGAGGAAAAAAAAAAAAGCACUUCAAGUACAGAAAACGCCCCGACCUGAGCCUGAUACAGCUCCUGUGCUAAAUCCUAAGAGACCCAAGGAAACAGCUCGCGAUGCUAGAGAAAUAGCGAAGAAACUAUUGAAAUCUGGUGCCAUAGGACCGAUAAAGAAAGUACCAAAUCGUACUGACCAAGAGUCAUUCAAAAGACCUUGUGGAAUGGAAAGAAAGAUGCUGUCUGCUCCUCAGGCUUUGACCAGCUAUCAACCAUUUUCUGCGCCUUCACCGGUUAAGACAGAAAUUCCUGAUAGUACUAUGAAGCCAGCUGGAGCUGCAAAAUUCACAAAUUUGUAUAGUAAUUUUGUUUCAUCCUCUUCAAAAACUACUCCACCUACGUCAAGUUCACCAGAAACUACUCCUGAAUCUCCUCGCAGAGGUAUUACCAUAUUUGUUGGAGGAAGUAGUACAAUAACUGAAGAAUUCUUAAGAACUACAUUUAGUAAAUUUGGUUCAAUUAUUAAUAUUUCCAUGGAAAUUGAAAAAAAUCGAGGGUUCAUCACAUUCAAUUCACCAGAUACAGCCGAUAAAGCUGUAACAGAAAUGAACUCCACCACUGUGUCUGGUAUUAAAUUAAAAGUAUCUAUUUCUCGUAAUCAACCUAUUGAGUUUGGAGAGAAAGGAGUUAAUUCAUGGAAUGCCAUAGCCACCAAUAAAUCACAAAAAGGAAAUCAACGAGAUGAUCGUUCAUUGGUGACUUACGACGAUUUAAUUGAAUAGUUUUUUUUUUUUAAUUUUUCUAUGUAAUAAAAUUUAUUUUUUUUGAUAAAAUAUU